AUGAGCUCGGACGACGAGGUCGAGAUCAUCACGCCUACCAAGGCCAGCCGGCGCCGCAUCACCGAGGACGACGAGGUCAUGGGCGACAUGGCCGCGUCGGUACCCGCGCCGAGCAUGGCGAAGCGGCGCCGGAUCACCGAGUACGACUCGGACGUCCCCGACGACUCGCCCGACGUCUCGUCCAGCGUAGCGAAGCGCAAGGCCCUCGUCGUUCUCGAUUCGGACUCGGACGACGACAAACCUGUGACCGAGAUCGACACGGAAGAAGAGAAGCCAGCGCCCCGCCCCGGCGCCAGUCGCUCUCGUCUUCAACACCGCGCCGGUCCUCUCGACGGCUCUCGACCACCCCCAAGAAGAAGAAGCCGCUGGCCUUUGCGACGCUCAACACCGUCGGACUCGGCUGGUGACGGCGACGCCAGCGCGGAAGACGACGACGACUUCAUUGUCGACGACAACCACAUCGAGUACAUGAACGACGACGAAGUCGCAACGACCAACGGCAUCGACGAAGACAACGAGGAACACGUCUACAGCGAAGAAGAGGAUAUCGAGGCCUACCGUGCGUCGCGCAUGUCCCGUGAACGCCACGAGUGGUUUUCCAUCUACAUGGACUACCUGGAGCACUGCAUGAUGGACCCGGCGUUCGAAACCAACAACCGCAACAAGAUCUUUCUCGAAGCCGAGAACCAUGUGGAGCGGGCGCUGUGCCAGCGGCGAGACAGCCUCCGGGGCAUGGUCAAGUGGCCAGACGACCUCGUCCAGGCAAUCGAGCACUGCCCGUCACUGAGUCACGUUCCGGGCCAGUUUUCCAAAAACUGCGAAGCCUGCGAGCGCUCGGAGCACCUCGCGUCGAUACGAGUCCGCUUCUCGGGCAUCCGCUGCGGCGCUUCCGAGCUGUACAAGACGGGCUGGUCCACUCACCUCCAAGCGUGCCGGGAGGAGCCACGCUUGGACAAGGAUAUCUUCGUUCUUGGUAGUGUGUGCUUCAACCGGGUUUUGCUCUACUGGAGUCUCCAUCAAGCCAAGUUUCAGUGGUGCGAGCUCAUCUUGCGCAUGAUCAACGCUGCCAACGGGGAGAAGCCGUCGGAGAACGCUCGCAAAAGCCUGCACGCCCGCGAGUUUCGGCGGCUAAAAGAGCUCGAGAACCUUGUCGACAACUUUGGCGAGGGCAACCAACGGAGCAAAGGCCAGACAAUCCGCAACGUGUGGAAGGGCGUAUCUCAAGCCGCGAGCGAAGAGAGCAUCGCGUCGCGCCCAGGUCACAUUAGCCGCUUUUUCCCGCCCAGCAAUGCCCACGGCCAAGUGCUCGAGACCAGUGACGACGAGAUCCAAACAACGACACGGGAGAACGCCGACGCAAACACCGAAACCGAAGAUGAAGACGACGAUGUGCGAGUUGUCCGCAAGACUCGACGCCAUCAGCAAGUGUACGACGACAACAGUGCCCAAGAGGACGACGUCGUCCCGGUCGCUCUGAACGCGUCGUCCGAGUCGGCAGUGCCGCAAGAGGCGCCGAGCAGCAUCGAGAGCGAGUAUGACGGCGAGAGACGCAACGUCAUCGUGGUGAGCAGCGGGCGCUGUGAAGACGACGACGACGGCGACGAGGAAGAAACAAAGCACGACGAGUUUGGCGACGACGACGAGCUCGUGGGCGAGAGCGAAGACGAUAUCGUCGAGCCGACGGCCAGUGUCGAGGAGGGUGCCUUGUGUCUUCUCUGUCAAGCUCGACCGCGCACCGCGGGCAUGGCGCACGGCUACUACGUCCAUAUCUACUGCUGUUUUGAGUGCGGCAAGAAGGUGUUUCGAGACGAGAAGCGUUGCCACGUGUGCACGCGACCGAUCGACCGGGUCAUGCAUCUGCUUCCGCUGAGUACGCAGGCCGAAACAUGGAUCCGCAACUCGAUCCCGACCCCUUCCAAUUUCCAAUGA